UAUGAAUCUUAUAUUUUAUAAUUUACAUUUAUAACAUGUAUUACUAUUUAAUAAAUAAUUUUAUUUUAUUUUUAUCAUUUCAUUAAUAAUUUCAAAUAGAUAAAGAGAUAAUAAAUAAGCAGUUGUUUAAAAUUAUGUUUAAACUUACAGAACAAAUUUACAGAAUAAGCCUUUUGUAAAUAAUAUAUAUAACUUAGAAAAUGAAAAUGACCAAUUAAAAUUCCAGAUAACUAGAUGUAACUAUUUGUAUCAUGUUUUUGUUACAUGAGUUGUAGAGUCUUGAAUAUGUCUAUUCAUGAUUAAUAAACACUAAUAACAUAUCAUACUUUUAACAAUUUCAAUAUUGUAAAGCUUAAAAGUAACAAAAUGAUUUUAAUAAUAAUUUUCUUUUUAUUAAUAUCUGACAUAACGUGUUUUGGCAGACAUCGUAUGCAAAAAUUAAAGAAAGAUGAAGAUGUUUGUGAAAAAAAAGUAUUACAUGAACUUUUUUUAAAUUCUAAUGCUACGUUUAUAAAUCCUUACUAUAAUUGCGAUACAGUGGGAAUAGUACAAAAAAUUCCAUAUAUUCAAGUUCCUUCUGAAAAUAGUUUAACAGUUCAUUUCUCUUCAGCUUGUGUGAAAUGUGGAAUGUGCAUUGCUAUAGCAAAUCAAAUAAACGAUACGUUAUUAGAAAUACAUGAAUCUUUGGAUACUUGGUUAAAUGAUACAGAAGCUGUUAUUCUUUUGAGAAAUAUUUGUAAUUUUGGUUUUAAACACUACAGUUUACGAGAAAUUAAUGGCAAAAGAUUUAUUUGCGAUCAUGUUCCCGGUUCUACAUUAGUAACAUCUUCGGGUGAUGGCUUAUGGGAGGCACAUUUGAGAGAUAAUUGUCAUGAAUAUUUGAAUGAAAUAGACCCAUUAGAAUUGUAUCAGUAUUGGCAACAAUGGUGUCACGAUGAUCGUCAAAAUCCUAAUUUGAUUACAAUACUUUGCAGAAAUGAAGCAGGAAAACUACGUGAUUGCAGAAGUAUGGAUGAUAUGAUCAAAUAUGAAAUACCUUCGAAGAACUAUCAAGCAAAUGUAAAAAUUAAAGUAGAAUUCGGAUGUUGAAGUACAAAUGCUCAUAAAUUGUUUACGUAUCUGUAUAUCAAUUUUUAUUUAUUCACAUUUAUACACACACGCACAAACAACAUGUAUACACAUUCUUAUAUUUGCUUUUAUAUAAAUAAAUAUAUGUUUGUAUAACUUAAAUAUAAAAGAAAAUAUAUUAUUAAUAUUGAUAGAACUA